CAAACCAGAAAAAGGCACAAACCAAUAGGGAUCGAGUCGAGAGCAGAGGCACAGAUCUAGCACCACCAUCUCCCUUCUUCUCGCUCCUCCCACUUUCUCUCUCCCCACAUCAUGGGAUUCCCAUCCAACGGUUCGGAUGAAAAGUCCCUCAAGUUUCUAAUAUACGGUCGCACCGGCUGGAUUGGCGGACUCUUGGGCAAGCUCUGCACAGCCCAAGGGAUCCAAUUCGAGUACGGGUCGGGCCGUCUCGAGAACCGAUCCUCCCUGGAGUCUGACUUAGCGGCGGUUAAGCCAACACAUGUCUUCAACGCUGCCGGUGUUACGGGCCGACCCAACGUGGACUGGUGUGAGACGCAUAAGGUGGAGACUAUCCGGGCUAAUGUGGUGGGGACGCUUACUCUUGCUGAUGUGUGCCGUGAAAGGGGACUUGUUGUUAUUAAUUUUGCUACUGGGUGUAUUUUUGAGUAUGAUGAGGGGCAUACUCUUGGAUCCGGGGUUGGAUUUAAGGAAGAGGAUACUCCGAAUUUUAUUGGGUCGUUUUACUCCAAGACUAAGGCUAUGGUAGAGGAUUUACUCAGGAACUAUGACAAUGUAUGUACGUUGAGAGUCAGGAUGCCUAUUUCAUCCGAUUUAUCCAACCCUCGCAAUUUCAUCACAAAGAUAUCUCGAUAUGAGAAGGUUGUCGAUAUUCCAAACUCAAUGACCAUAUUGGAUGAACUUCUUCCAAUCUCCAUAGAGAUGGCAAAGAGAAAUCUCACUGGAAUUUGGAACUUCACAAACCCCGGAGUUGUUAGCCACAAUGAAAUCUUACAGAUGUACAAAGAAUAUAUCGAUUCUGACUUCACCUGGAAGAAUUUCACUCUCGAGGAACAAGCCAAGGUGAUAGUUGCUCCGAGAAGUAACAAUGAGCUAGAUGCAGGCAAAUUGAAGAAGGAGUUUCCAGAACUGUUGUCUAUUAAGGAGUCACUCAUUCAGAAUGUGUUCAAGCCAAAUCAGAAGGUUAAAGCUUGAGGAGCAAGGUUCACAAUUUUAUAAAAUAUUAUCAUUGUUUUCAUUAUUUGUUUCAGUUUGUGAGGAUGCUACAAAGAUAUGUUGUAACUUUUAUUUAAUUCAAUGUCUGUAAUUUUUAUUAUGUUGUAUUUUUAUUGACUCCAUGAAUAAAUUAGUUCCAGGUUACUCAA